CAUGUGACCUGCUUUAGCUUUUUUUUCAGACGCUGCAGAAGAGCAAAAUUCAUGAAAACUUGAGUGAAACCACUCUGGUGUCACAACUUCAUAAUGACCUUACUAACAAGCUGGAUAUCAGCACCAACAGCAUUUCUUCUCUUACAUUUCUGGAGAGCAAAGGUACAUGCUUCUGGAAACCCAGAGGAGGAAAUAGAUUACACAUAUGUUAUUGUAGGAGUUACUUUGGGAGCAGUUCUAGCAAUCGGUUUAUUAGCAGUAAUAAUCUGCAUGAUCAAAGCCAAAACAAUUGACAGUGUCUUUGAAGGAUCAGAUGGCAGAAUGGAUAGAAGGUCAAACACAGGAUCAAGCCAAAACAGAGAUGACAGCAAUGCAAUAAGAGACCAAAGUACAAGAGAUCAAUAACCCUUUUGCAAUCAACAGUUACCUGGUCUGAGGAUCAAUAGGAGUCUCUUGUGCACAGGCAGAAAUCCUACCAAUACCAAACCUUUUCUUUGUUCUUUAGUUGAAAGGCUGAUUGAUUGUUUACAGGAAGAGCUUAUAGUGCAGCUAACUUCAAUCACCUGCACCCAAAAGGCCUGCAAUCCCCCUCAGCCUGUCUGUGAAGGGGAUGUGUGAGGAAAAUAAAAUAGAUGAGCUCUGCUCACUAAUAGAUCCUCUUUAUUCUGUGAUAAGUAUAUGAUUGAUUUCUAAAGUCUGUUAAAUACCAGGUAAUCAGAAAGGUGGCAAUAUAAUUCAGCAGCAGAAUUCAUGGUCACACCCGUAUUUCAAGAGAAGUAACUUGAUAACUUGAAAAAUCAUUCAUUUGAGGUUAGAACAAAAUAAGACUUCUCAUUUAUUUCAGGAAAUGCAUGUUUUGUGUUAGUAAGAAAACAUUUCAUUAAUUUAAAGUUUUAUUUUUUUAGAUCUAGAACUGAGGUCUUUUGUAGGUGUUAGUGAUGAUUUCAACCAUUUAAAAUUAUUACAGCCAUUUAAAAUUAAAAAUUCCUUUUUGAAAUGAUGUCUUUCAUGUUUUGUUGACAUUGCAUGUCAACACUGUACAAACAAGCUAAUCUGUUGUUUCCAUAAUUUCCCUAUCCCAAUUUUUUUAAUAUAAAACAAUGCACUAAAUUCAAUCAGAGUCUGUGAAUAAUUUCAGUUUCCCAGCACCUUCAUUCUCGUUUUAGCCUUAUAUGUUCUGGUGGGCUUGAUUACAUCAAAAUUGCUUGGCUUGGCUCCAAUUUCAAGCUUCUUACAGUGGGAGUGAUAAGAGGAAAAAUUAGAGGUUUGUUUCAGAACAAUGAGAGUAGUUUAACUAAUUUAAAAUAAUUUAAGCCCAUGUUAUUCUGUAAACACUUCCCAAUUUUUACUAAUGCUGUGAGUUCGUGGCUCUGGUCUCAGUUCAGAAAAUGAUGCUGCAGAUUCUAUUCUGUUUAAUCCUCAUCUUUCAAGAAUGCUGUGUAUAACAUAUAUUGUCAUCACAAGGUACAAGAAAAUGGAGAUUUUUGUAUUUCAACCCAGGCUUUUCUUUCACCUUGUGAAGACAGGGCAGCCAAUGUCAGCUGUGGGAGCUUUGGGAACUCUUGGCCAGCAUCCUCUGCUAUUCCUACAGCUUCUCUCAGAAACCCAGCAGAACUUCAAGGCUUGGGGGCCUCAGGUAGAUGGCAUGCCCAACUUAAUUAAGCAGUAUCCCAAUAUUUCACAGUCAGAGCUUUAAGUUGUAACAUUUCAGGAUGACUCCAAACAGGAUGUUACACUAUUUUAUUGCAACUUGCCAUUAUCCAGAACCAAAGACCACAACCUGUAAAUAAAAAGGAUCUUCAUAACCUUUUAGCUCAAACCAAUGUCUACAGCCAUAUGGGUUUUUUAACUCUCUCACUUUACAUACUCAGUGUGGCAGAUCAUAAUAAAAAUAAUAAAUAAAGUUCUUUCCAGCUCUCCACUAAUAUAAGAGAUUUAAUCCAACUUAAAAAACCAACCAACCAACCAACCAAACCAAAAAAGCAAUUGUAAAACUGAAGUCCAACCUAGAAAUUCUGUGUGUUAUUAAGAAAUAUCACUCAGAAAAAUCAUGGAGACCAGGGCCUCCUAUCCGGUAACCAACUUUCAAGAUCAGGCAGAGCUGAUGUGCUGGGUCAGGGAUUUAGAGAAAACAUGCUGUUAGAGCAUAAGGGCAGCUAUAACAGAAUUUUGUUUUUAUAAAGAAUAAGUUACUGUACUACCUGUAACUAACUGAAGGGAUUUCAAUAUGGGCACUUUUUGACUUUCACAAAGCAGGUCAUUUGUCACAUUUGCAAAGGAAACUGGAUAGUAAUUUUUUCACCUGUUUUGAACAACAAAAUGUAAAAUUUAUUUUGAGAGAAGAAUGAUAUAUUGGAAUAUUUUCCCUGGUUUCCUAGGUGUCUGUUACCCAUUUCCAUAACACUGCAGUUCAUUAGCAGCAUUUGCUAACAGAUAAACUAAAGCAGUAAUGUGAUACUUGUAAGUAAUUUUGUGUACAUGUGUAAGUGAAUAAAGGCUCUUGUAAGGUAUCUGUUAA